AUGUCGGCCACCGUCAACGGUGCCAGCAAUGGCGCGCCAGCAGAUGGUCAGCCACCUGCGCUCAGCGUUCAAGCGCAACAGAUGUUGACCGGCAUGACCAAGGAAAGGCUCCACAGCAUGAUUGCUCGCAUGCAACAGCUCAAGGCCAGCGGUGUCGACGAGUCUACCAGCCAGGAAUACGCUACCCUCGUCAACACCCUCAAGAUGUUUCAGCAAUAUCAGGCUAUGCGUCAGCAACAGGCCGUCGCAAUGCAGGCAAGAGCAGCACAGCAGCCCGCUUCUCGAUCUUGGUCCACUGCAUCAGCACCCUCGGCACCAUCACCGUCACAGCCCGCCAAUACUUCGACACCUGCUGCCGCAAACGGCGCGCCAUCUACCAACGGCGUGCCCGUCAAGACCGAAGAGGACAUCACUCGCUCCUUGAGUCCGGCAAACUUCACUCCUGAUCAGCUCAAUGCUCUUAAGACCCAGAUCAUCGCGUUCAAGCUCAUCUCACACAACCAGCCAUUGCCGUCGCAUUUGCAAGAGGCCAUCCUCGCUGCAGACCGCGAAGCUGAGACUCAGGACUCGAAAAAGGGCGAGCCACUCAGGACAGCGACACUAAUUGCCGCUGCUGCUGUCUCGUCUGCAGAGAAGAGUGCAUCGGAGGAGGCAACAAAAGCAGGCACGUCAAAGGAAGGUGCCACCGCCACCACAACCUCAUCAGAGACUAUUGCCGAGAUCCCAAGACCGCCAAGUCCAAAAAACGACCCAAGCAGCUCUAUCUACCCUUACAAUGCCUACGUCCAUCCCUUCUCGUACAUCUCCAAGCCUUUGCUCGAAGACGAUGACUACACAGUCACAAAGCAGCAACGCCUCUUGAUACCAAGUCUCAUGCCCGCCGGUCUCGAGCCUAAGCUCUUGCUAGAGGAACGUGACCGAUUCGUUCAGGCUCGUAUUCGUCAACGCAUCCGAGAACUCGAGUCGUUCCCUGCCGACAUGUCGCAGAACCCUACGAUGGCAGGCCUCAAAGACAAGGAGAAUGCACACGACCUCACAUCUCAGCUUCACGGCAGCGGUCUCCAAGGUGACAAUGCUAAGCUGAAGGCACUCAUCGAGCUCAAGUCGCUGCACCUCCUCGAGAAGCAGAAGCAGCUUCGCGAGCAGGUCGUGCAGAGUCUCAACCUCGCCACCACGCUUGGUCUUGAUCGUGUUGCUUUCCGACGUGUCAAGAAGCAGACGUUGCGAGAUGCACGCAUGACCGAACAGCUCGAGCGCAAGCAGCGUGUCGAGCGAGAGAAGCGUGCCAGGCAGAAGCACAUCGACUACCUCAGCACCAUCUGCAACCACGGUCGAGACCUCGUGGCUGCGCAUACCAAGGCCAACGAUCAGGCACGCAGAUUCGGCCGUGCCAUGCUCAAGUUCCAUGCCGACACAGAGAGGGAGGAGCAGAAGCGCGUUGAGAGGAUCGCCAAGGAGCGUCUCAAUGCGCUCAAGGCCGACGACGAAGAGGCUUACCUCAAGCUCAUCGACACUGCCAAGGAUACGCGUAUCACCCAUCUUUUGCGACAGACCGACGCCUAUCUCGACAGUUUGGCACAAGCAGUCCAGGCACAGCAGAACGACGACGUCCACGCCGAAGCCAUCGCUGCUGAGCGAGUCGUCGAGGACACAUCGAACCAGGAGGUUGGUGUCGCUGUCGACGAGACCAUGUUCGGUGCCACACGUCAGGACGACCCGAGCGAGGACCGUGGCAAGGUCGACUACUACUCGGUGGCACAUCGCAUCACUGAGCGUAUCACUCAGCAGCCAACAAUUCUCUCGGGAGGUACACUGAAGGAUUACCAGAUGAAGGGUCUGCAGUGGAUGAUCUCGUUGUACAACAACAGGCUCAAUGGUAUCCUGGCCGACGAGAUGGGUCUCGGAAAGACAAUUCAGACCAUCUCGCUCAUCACCUACUUGAUGGAGUUCAAGAAGCAGAAUGGACCAUUCUUGGUCAUUGUGCCCUUGUCGACGCUCACCAACUGGGUCAACGAGUUCAACAAGUGGGCGCCUACUGUGUCGACGCUCAUCUAUAAGGGUACGCCCAACGUGCGUAAGCAGCUUACGGGUCGUCUCCGCUCUAUGAACUUCCAGGUGCUGCUCACCACUUACGAGUACAUUAUCAAGGACAAGCAUCUGCUCGGAAAGAUCAAAUGGGUGCACAUGAUCAUUGACGAAGGUCAUCGUAUGAAGAACACCCAGUCCAAGCUCACCAUCACCUUGACACAGUUCUACACAAGUCGAUAUCGACUCUUGCUCACCGGUACCCCUUUGCAGAACAACCUUCCAGAGUUGUGGGCCUUGCUCAACUUCGUCUUGCCAAGAAUCUUCAACUCGGUCAAGAGUUUCGACGAGUGGUUCAAUGCUCCUUUCAGUAACACCGGUAACGAAGGUGGAAUGAUGCUCAACGAAGAAGAGGCGUUGCUGGUCAUCAAGCGUCUUCACAAGGUGUUGCGACCUUUCUUGCUGCGUCGUCUCAAGAAGGAUGUGGCUUCGGAGCUUCCAGACAAGGUGGAGAAGGUAAUCAAGUGCAAGAUGAGUUCGCUCCAGUCCAAGCUUUACCAGCAGAUGAAGAAGCACAAGAUGAUUUUGUCCGGAGAGGAUCAUGGUACGAAGAAGGGCAAGCCGCAGGGGAUUCGUGGUCUGCAGAACGCCAUCAUGCAGCUGCGAAAGAUCUGCAACCAUCCUUACGUUUUCGAACAGGUCGAGGUAGCUAUCAACCCGACCAAGGAGACCGGACCGGAUCUGUACCGAGUAUCAGGAAAGUUUGAGCUGCUCGACAGGCUGCUUCCUAAGCUUUUUGCGACAAAGCAUCGUGUGCUCAUCUUCUUCCAGAUGACUGCCAUUAUGGACAUUAUGGAGGACUUCCUGCGAUACCGUGGCUUCAAGUACCUGCGUCUUGAUGGUGGUACCAAGCCCGACGACCGUUCGGAGCUGCUCAAACUCUUCAAUGCACCUGGAUCGGACUACUUUGUCUUCAUCCUGUCGACGCGUGCCGGUGGUCUUGGUCUUAACUUGCAGUCCGCCGAUACUGUCAUCAUCUACGAUUCCGAUUGGAAUCCUCAUCAAGAUUUGCAGGCUCAGGAUCGUGCCCAUCGUAUCGGUCAGAAGAUGGAGGUUCGUAUCUUGCGUCUUGUUACGGAAAAGUCGGUGGAAGAAACGAUCUUGGCGCGAGCGCAAGACAAGCUCGAGAUUGAAGGCAAGGUCAUCCAAGCCGGUAAAUUCGAUAACCAGGCCACUGCUGACGAGCGAGAGCUGUUGCUGCGUGCCAUGUUGGAAGCCGACAACGAUGACGAGGAUGAAGAUGAUGGCGACUUUAACGAUGACGAGCUCAACCAGCUGCUUGCGCGUGGUGAACACGAGGUUCCAAUCUUCCAGCAGAUCGAUAAGGAGCGGCAACAGGCCGAUGCCGAGUUCUGGAAGUCGUUGGGUUACAAAGGCAAGCUUCCUGAGCGUCUUAUGCAGGAGAAUGAGCUGCCGGCUGUCUAUCAGCAAGACUUUGACGCCGACAAUGUCCUAGCGGAGGUUGUUGAAGAGGAGCCUGCGACGCGAAAGAGGAACGUCGUUCACUACGAUGAUGGUCUUACGGAAGAUCAGUUUUUGCGAGCUCUCGAGGACGAUGAUGUCGACCUUAACGAUAUUGUUGAGCGCAAAAGGGAGAGGAUCGAGAAGCGCAGAGCCAAGACUAUGCUGCAGUCAAUGGACUCUACUGAAGGCACACCUGAAGCAGAAGGCGGUAGGAGGAAGAAGGGUGGUCGAGGUCGUGGUCUAGGUGGUGCCAGCGAGACACCCGACCCUUCGCCUGGUCCUUCUGCCCGGAAGCGUAAGCGAUUCGGAAACGCCUCCAUGGACGGCUCACCCGACUACGAGGAAAGUCCAUCUGCCGCACGCAUCGUUCAACCCAAACGACGCAAGACUGGAGGAGAGGACGAUGUCCGCGAUCGAAUCAAGUACGCGCUCAACCAGUGCUACCGUGCUGUCGAAACAUGCUUGGAACCUGAAACAGGUCGUAAACGCUGCCUACUCUUCCUGGACGUACCCAAGAAGAGCGACUAUCCGGACUAUCACGUGAUUAUUGAAAAGCCCAUUGCGAUGCGACAAAUUAAGCGCAGGAUCGAUAAUAGGACGUUUAGACGCGUCGACACGUGUCGCGAUGAAUUUCAUCUUAUGGUUAGGAACGCAAAGACGUACAACCAGGAGGGUAGUUGGGUUUAUAACGAUGCAGUGGAGCUGCAGAAGGCGUUUGAUACGACCUAUGGUAUGUUGUGUCGGUUUAGUGGGUUGCCUGGGUCCGAGAAUGAGGGUGAAAUGCCAGUAGGGGGUAACGGGGAAGGUGUGGAUACGAGUAUCGGUGGUGGUGGGGAUGGAGGGGAGGAUGAGGAAGAUGAGGAUGAGGAGGAGGUGGAGGAGGAGGAGGAGGAGGAAGAGGAGGAGGAGAAACCCGUUGCUCCUGCACCGAGAGGCAUUAAGAUUAAGUUAGGGAAGAGGAAACCUAAGAAGGGUGGCAAGAAGGAGGAUUCGGAUAAUGAGGAGUGA